GCAGUGACAGCCUAUAGCCAAGUGUGGGUUUGAGCUCCAGCUCUGCUGCUGUGGGCCGUAUAGCUCGGCGAAUCCCUUGCUGCCUCGCCUUGGCUUGGGCAUCUGAGUGGGGUUCUGACGGUGCCCCCUUCGGGGCAGUGUCGGGAGGGUGUGGUCAGCAGCUGUGGUUGAUGGCCCGAGCUAGCCUAGUGCCAAUUUCAAGGCUGCCCAGCCAGGGGCACCGUAGGCAGGUCUGUGGCUCCGUCCAGGCAGCAACCACAGUGGGGCGUGAGGAAGGUUCCAUGGCCCAGGCCCCGUGGUCUCCAGCCCACCUCCUGGAGCUGGCCGACAGUGCCCACUCCCAGCCUUGCAGCAGGCUCUCUAUGACAGCUUUGCCUCUGGGAUGCGACUGACAACCCACGCGGUUCCAUGCAGGCCCAGCGAGGCUGAAGCUCUGCUCAGAGGAGGUGGCAGCCUCCGGGCUCCUAUCUGGGGCUGGGAGCAACUUGUGCCCCUUCCCUGGUGGUCCUGUAUGACAGCCAGCUGCCCAGGGGCUCCCUCUGUCCUGGGGUCCCCAGAUCUACCAUGAGCCAGCGUGGUGUCUGAUGGAACCCAGGACAGCUGUCCAGCCGCAGGGUCUCCCACGUGCGCCGCACCCAGACCUCGGCCACACCUUACGGCACGCAUCCCGGGGCCUGGGAUGGCUCUGUGACUUCCCACUGUCACCAGGUGGUGCCACCUGGGCCACACAGGAAACAGCAGCCUCCCUGCUCCCCAGUCUCCACCCCCUCCGUCAUUCUUGGCCUCUGUAUCUCCAGUUGUCUGUCUGUCUGGCUGGCUUGAAGUGGGGUGGUGGCCUCAGCGGGUGGGAGCGUGACCCUCUAAUGUGGUGGCAGGCUGGGAGGGCCAAGUGAGACUCUUCAGGGUCAGUCAGGACCGUGGACAUCAGCAGGACAGAAUGCUGGGGAUGCUGCCUAAGGACGUCGGCUGUUAUGGCUGUGGCCACAGCUAAGGCGUCACACAACCUUCCCUGCUUGGCUGGCCUUGGACACUGUCCCCUGGGUAGGUCCCUGCCAAAUGGCCACUGUGAAUGAGGCUGUGGAAAGAAACAACCACGUGUCUCAAGCCUGUCCUGUUCAGAUGUGAGCUCUGCUUUCUACAAAUCCUUUCCCAGGAAAUACCAACCAGGCAGAAAAUAUGCAAAGCAAAACCUUACACCACUCCACUAAGGAGUUUUUUUUUUUUUUUUUUUUUUUUGUCUUUUCGAGACAGCGUCUGUGCAGUCCAGGCUGGCCUUGAGCUCCCUGUAUAACCCACGCUGGCCUCAACUCACAGUGAUCCUCCUGCCUCAGCCUCCCCAGGUGCUGGGAUUAUGGGAAUGUGCCACCUCUCCCUGAACUAAGAAGCUUUUUAUUGAGAUGAAUUUUUAGAGCAGUUUCAGAGUCACAGAAAACCUGAACAGACACAGAGCUGCGUCCCCUCCUGCAGGCUCACUGCCAUCAGCGACCCGUGUGAGCGUGGGACAUCUGUCACAGUCCGCCAGUGACACAGGCUCCGCGUUAUGAAUCAGAGCCUGUGCUUCGCCCCGGGCUGGCUUCGCUGUUGGUGCAGGGCCUUUCUGCGGGCGUGGGUGACGGAUGACAUCAUGUUCCCGGGUUGCAGAGCCCACAGGGUCCUCCCCGCCCCCCCAAACUUCCCUGAGCAAUGGAAUUUUAAGGCAGCUUAAAAAAAAAAAAGGGCUGUCCUGACUUUCAAGGCUGCAUAAGGGACUGAGGAGUUGGACAGCUAACGCUGCACCCUCGGGGACCUCCCGAUCGCCUCCACCCCUGGGAGGGCGGGAGUGAGCGGUUGUCGGCCACUGCAACCGGAUGGAGCCGGUUCAGCAAGGAAGCCUGUAGGAAUCACAGUGGAGUGCGCAUGCGUGGAAGGUGCAACCGGGUUCUUACUUGGAGGGCGUGGCCAGCGCGUGGCCUUGGAGAGGGACUGGACUUUUGGUGGUGGACCGAGGAGGGUGGGUGGCUGCCGUGACCGGAAGGCCUGCAGCUCCCUGGGACCACGGCCCAGCAGCCUUUGCUCCAGGGCUGCAAAGAAAACAAACAGCGAGGCCGGAACACGGCAGCAGCAUGCACAGCUUCUGUGUGCAGGACGUAGGUGCGCGCAGGCCCGGCUGGUUCCGAAGCGGAGGUCCGGCCGGUACUGCUGUGUGCGCAGCCUGCCGGGUCCGCCUGCUCUGGAGUUCUGUGCUCCGAUCCAUUCGCCCUCACUUGCUGUGAGGCGGAGCUGGAGGAGGUUCCUGAGCUGUCCUCCCCGCGUGCUUGGCUUGGUGUCCAGCACGUCCCUAAGAGGCAAAGGAGGGGAGCCCCAGGAAAAUGGUAGCUCGGGAUAUAAGCGAAGGACGUGAGGACGCCUGCCUUGUGAGAUUUCUUCAGUGGUGGCCGCUGGCCGGCGGCUGGACCGGGCUCCAGGGUCUCUGCGGGAGCUUUCCCCGGAUUCUGUAAAUAUAGCCCGCUGGUCUUCGCUCAUACCCCGAGCUACAAUUUUCCUGGGGUUCCCCUCCUUUGCUUUAUUAGGUUCAUAAAACUGUUUUCAGCAUCCGGCUGCCCCUGAGGGCAGUGGGCCCCGAGUCCAGUUCAUCAAGUGACUAACGGGAGCCCCGGGAUCUUGCCUGCCCUCGCAGAAGGGGCUCCUCCGUGUGCCGGUUCCCAGCUCCUCCUGCCAGCUCGCCCGUCACCUUCCAGGAUUUAUGGGAGGCCCAUCGUGGCUGUGGCUCCCUGCAGCCGGCCCUGUCCCUUGCCACCCUGAGCCUGGUCACCAUGCGAUGGUGGGAUGCAAGUGCCCACUGUCACACUGGGCUUGGCCAGGGCCGUGGAAACGCCUGGUUCACAUUCAGAGGGACACUCUGGUGUCGGGGACAAAAGACUGAAAAGCCACCUAGAGUCCCCAGACGUAGCCUGGUGUUUAACAUAAAUAAUUCUAACAUAAAACAUGUGAGCGUGUGUGUGUGUGUGUGUGUGCCCUCCCGUGGGUGUGCAGUCUCUCCGUUCUUUGCAUACACAUUUAUGCCGCCUCUGGUUUAUUUUCUGGAACUUCAGAGAGCCCAGCGAGGGGGAAGAGAGGCUGUCAGCCGCCUCUGGGCAGCGCCCGUCUCUGCCUCCUCCCAGCACGUCCUUUCUGCUGGUCUUAGGUCCUCUCCCUCGCCAGCUGCUGGUCCACUCACGUCAAGUGGGGGCUACGUGUGCCCCAGUGUAGUUGAAAACCAGAUCCCCUGUGACCAAGAUGCCAGGCCGGGCACCAGCGCAGGGGUCAGGGAACCGGGGCGGCUGCUGCAGGAGGCUGCCCAAGUAGGCUGGUGGCUGGACCGGGUUCCUCCCCGGCCAGAGGCCUCCUACAUUGCUCUGCACGGCAGCCUGGUUGUGUCCCCUUUGCCGUUAGUGUCCUGGGCCUUGUGUGAACCGUCCUUUUGCGGGACACAGAUGAGCGCUGAGAAAUUACUCCCAGGGGCAGCUUGGAGCUUCCCACCCACCGCCACGGGAGAGGAAACGGGAGGGUUCCCCAGUGCCUUUUUAUCCACCUGGCCCUGCCUGGCCGGGCUCGGGGAGGCCGUGGGAUCCCCGGGGAUGAGGGGAUGGGGUGCCUCCAACUGUGGGGGAGCAAGGCUGUCUCUCCUGCAAUCUGUGCAGGGGUCAAGGGCAAUGGCCCUUGCACGGCCUGGAGACACUGUCAUUUUCCUUCAAACAAAAGGCCGCUGUGGAGGUGGGCUGUGGGGUUCCGGCAGCCAUGAAUCUGAUUUUUUCCUUCUGCAGGGUCUCUGACGCAGGCUAGGCUGGAACUUGUGAUCCUCCUGCCUCAGCCUCCCAAGCGCUGGGAUUCCAGGGGUGUGCCCGGGCCUCUGUCUACUGACCCUCUGCCUGGCUGGCACUGCCUGUCUCACAGAUCUCCUGGGUGCCACUCGGCAUUGCCACCCUGGAUGUCCUCUGUGGCCUGUGCAGCAGCGUGGAGUGAGGUGCAGAGCCUUGGUUGGCAGUGGAGGGGCAGCCUGCCCUGCACCCCGAGGCCCUUACCCAGGAGGGUGCCCCGAGCCCUGGACCUUUGGGUACUGCAUGGAGGCUCCUGCUGUCUCCACCGGGAGCCGCCUCUCCCUCCGGGGUCCCGGGCCCGGCGGCGCACAGGAGAUUAUAGUCUGCAAAUAUACUUUGAAGGGCUUUUGUUUUGCUUUCUCUUCUUGACACUCUCGAAUGAAGUAGGUCAUUUAUCUUUCCGGCAGAAGAAUUUCAACAGGGAGGCCGCGAGCAGCGGGCUUUCUGUGUCCCUCACCAUGGGCUGGCAACUGUCUUAGCUUCGCCCAGGUCUGGAGAUUGAUUUCUCUCCUCUCUCUGACUAUUCCCCGCACUGCCGUUGCCCCCACCCAGGGGUCCGGGUCACCCUGAGAUCCUCAGACUGCACGAAGCCCCUUCUUGACCGUCUGUUUGUUUAAACUCACCCGCAUCGGUCCAAGCAGAGGGUAACAGAACCGAGAAAAAUGUAAUUCCCCGCAGCUUUUGAUCGGAGCGAGGAAUUAAGAAAUUCUCUAUGGGUUUUGAAGGAGAACACUGUGUUUCAGGGUGUCGUUAAUUUGGAGGGAAAUCCUUUAUUUUAUUUUCUGUUUUUUUUCUCUCCACAUCAUAAACCCUGGCGCUUUCCUUAAGGUAACCAGCCAAAAUGUGACCAGCAGAGAGAGGAUCUGAAAUGGAGCUCCUCUGCCACAGGCAGAUUGGUGUUCUCUUUCCUUCUGUGGGAACCCGGAGCGACGUCGUUCCUGUCCCAGGGCUCCCCCCGGGGCGCAGAUGCCACCGCGGCUCCCUCCGGGGGACACCUCAUCCGACGCAGCCGCCAUCCAUCCAUCUUCAUUUUAGGCGCGAUCAUUAAAAGCACAUUUCUCCCGACUCCCUCGGUGGCGGUGGCGCAGAGCAAAUGCAAAUAAAAAGUGCUUAAAAUGGUUAACAUUUCCUGUCCCUGCAGGCCUGCCGGGGAGGGGUGGCCGCGUCCCGGUGCCUUUCUGCAGGGAAGCUCAGUUUGGCUCUGCGGCAGGAGCUGGGGCGUUCCAGGCGGGAUCCUGGUCUGCAGUCAGCCCAACCGGGCAGUCCGGCCAGGAGCCUCUAUGCUGGAGCCGGGGCCGGGUCGCAGGAGUCAGGCUGCCAGUGCUGCCCUCCUGUCUUCCAGGGCUUGCUUUUCCCUUAUGGAAAGCCCCACAUUCGGUGUUUUAUUUUGUGGUGCUUUCAUCACUGACUGUUUAGUUAGCGACCCGGCCAACUUCCUGGAUAUUUGUGCUGGUUCUACACCUUCCCUUUGGAGUCAGGACCAGAAGACACCAUGGACGCGCCACUAUGUAAGUGUUGCCUAUUUUUGAAAAUCUUCUGACCGUCUUGUCGAGACCGAGGGAGAGCUGCACAUGGACGCACGGGAAUGUUCCGGGCCGCAGCUGAUCCUCUCCGCCGAGCUGUGCGGCUAACACGGGACACUGCAAAGGAUCGCACCUUCUCGGGACAAGAACCCCCUGCCUUUCGCUCCGAAGAGAAAAGACUUGGUGUGCACAUCUGAAAACAACCCAGCCGUGUUAGCCGCGGGGAGACCAGGGCGACGGGGCGGUUAUUUGUGUAAGAAAAUCCAGAGAUCAACCUCAGGCAUAUGUAAAUCGGAGCUUGAUUAUAUUCCUAAAGAGAAGUUAUAUAAACUUCAAAAAAUGAAA